UCUCGACACGAAAAGACUCGUGCAGAUCUGCAACUGCCUGAGAUGCAACGGUAACGAAUAUUCUACGACUGCAACUCUCAAGUUAUCACCAUGGCGGGGUUAAAGCUUAAGAUAAAUGUCCCCAAUGGAAUCGGCGCAGCUCCAUCCACAACCACGCCCUCGACCACUACGCCUGCUGUUGCGACUCCUGGCGGAUCUAAACCGAAAUUGACGCUGAAAUACAAGUCGAACCCUUCCACUCCUAUCCCUCCAGAUAUCCCGAAGCCCAAGAAGACCAAAGCCGGUAGAACUGCGAAGCCGAGCGCGAAACUCAUCGAAAGCAAGAAGCGGUUCAAGGAGGAGACUGAUACGGAUAACGAUGAGGAUGGCGCAACUAUCAGUGUUCAACAGCCUUCAAAGAAAAUUAAGCUGAGCAUCGCUGGAGGACCCAAGACUCCUGCUGCGAAAACGCCUGCUACACCUAUCGUAUUGAAGGCGAAGGUCAAGGGACAAGCUCCACGAAGAGACCCAGGCGUUGGAUAUGAUUCUGAGGCCAGCGACCGCGAGAUUGAUCCUGUCAUUGAGGAAGAGUUCAUACUACGAAUGCAACCUGGUGAUGAUUGCGAUUACCUUCGAAAGGCGAUCGAGGAGAAGAAGAUUGGUGUUAGCAAAGCUCAAGGCGGCGCGGAUGUCUCGAUGAAGUUCUUCGAUUUACAUUGUCGACGUGGUGUAGUCAUGGUCAGAAAGAACGUCUAUGCAGCUACACUUGUCGAUUUACCUUGCAUUAUAGAGGGUAUGAAGAGUUGGGAUAGGAGAGGAUGGUGGAAGAGUGCUGAUAUCUGUCAAAUGCUCUUGGUCUUUGCUCAGGUCCAGUCAGAAGAAGAUGCCCGAACUAUCCCUUUACCGCCUGAUGUUGAUGAAACCUAUCAAUAUCCCCAUGGUAUUACUCCGCCUAUGCAUUACGUCCGCAAGAAUCGAUUCAGAAAGCGAAUUCACAAGACUGUCAUAGAGCGUGUAGAGGAGGAUGUCCAGAGGUUGUUGGCUAAAGACGAGGAAGCAUCCAGUACACAGUAUGAGAUCUUCGACCCUGAAGCCGAGCAUAGACGUGCCAGUCAAUUCAACGAAAGCACUCCAGGAUAUGAUGACGAAGAAGAUGCUGAAGGAGAUAUUGAGGAAGAUCAAGGAUAUUUCGGCCACCAACCAGCCGGCGAGGAAGAGGUUGAGGUUGACGAGGAUCUUGAGGCUGAUUUGUUGGAUGCCCUUGAAGCCGAAUCAGCCAAUGCGGCUACUCCAGAUGUCGCAGGAACUCCAUCAGUUGCACCUCAAGUUGAGCCAGAAGAAGAUAGUGGUGAUGACUCGUUUGAUGAUGACGAUGGUGAUGAUGACGGAGUCGAUGCACCGAAUGAGAUUGAUGAAGAAGAGAAAGCUCGGUUGGCACAGAUUCAAGGUACCAGAGAGGAUAUUGCAGAACUUGAGAAUAAGAUUCGGGCAAAUCAAGAAUCCCUCUCUUCUCAGAAGAAUCCACUCUUGCGAGAGCGUCUAGAGGGGUUCAUUAGGAAGUUGAGGCAAGAGGUACAAUUGAAGAAGUCAUCUAUUGGAGAGGAAGAGGAGAACGAAUAGGCGGGUGUAAUAUUGUACUUGUAUACCACAUUGGGACAGAAAGUCUCGAUAUGCCUGGAUUUGCAGCAGUCUAUAAUACAGACACGGAAUC